AUGCAGAAGGCACCAUGCAAGUCCUUCUCCUCCUCGCAGCUGUCGGGCUUUGCUGGGCACAGUACAAUCCCAACACUCAGGCUGGGAGGACAUCUAUCGUGCAUCUCUUUGAAUGGCGCUGGGCCGACAUUGCACUGGAGUGCGAACACUAUUUAGCUCCUAAUGGGUUUGGAGGAGUUCAGGUUUCUCCUCCAAAUGAAAACAUUGUCAUUACUAAUCCGAACAGGCCCUGGUGGGAAAGAUACCAGCCCAUCAGCUACAAGAUCUGCAGUCGAUCGGGCAAUGAAAAUGAAUUCAGAGACAUGGUGACCAGAUGCAACAAUGUUGGAGUUCGUAUUUAUGUGGAUGCUGUUGUCAAUCACAUGUGUGGAUCUAUGGGUGGCACGGGCACCCACUCAACAUGUGGGAGCUAUUUCAACACCGGGACUAGAGAUUUUCCCGCUGUGCCGUACUCUGCCUGGGAUUUCAAUGACGGCAAAUGUCACACUGCAAGUGGAGACAUCGAAAAUUAUGGGGACAUGUAUCAGGUCCGGGAUUGCAAGUUGUCCAGCCUUCUUGAUCUGGCUCUGGAGAAGGACUAUGUACGCUCAACAAUUGCAGCGUACAUGAAUCACCUCAUUGAUAUGGGUGUAGCAGGGUUCCGGAUCGAUGCUGCCAAGCAUAUGUGGCCAGGGGACAUAAGAGCGUUUCUGGACAAACUGCACGAUCUAAAUACUCAGUGGUUUUCAGCAGGAACGAAACCCUUUAUUUACCAAGAGGUAAUUGACUUGGGAGGAGAGCCAAUCACAGGCAGUCAGUACUUUGGGAAUGGCCGCGUGACAGAAUUCAAGUAUGGUGCCAAACUGGGGACGGUGAUCCGGAAGUGGAAUGGAGAGAAGAUGGCCUACUUAAAGAACUGGGGAGAAGGCUGGGGCUUUGUGCCUUCUGACAGAGCCCUGGUGUUUGUGGAUAACCACGACAACCAGCGGGGGCACGGGGCAGGCGGAGCUUCCAUUCUUACUUUCUGGGAUGCCAGGCUUUAUAAAAUGGCGGUUGGUUUCAUGCUCGCUCAUCCGUACGGGUUCACACGGGUGAUGUCAAGUUAUCGUUGGCCAAGAUAUUUCGAAAACGGAGUGGAUGUUAACGACUGGGUGGGACCACCAAGUAACUCGGACGGAUCGACGAAGUCCGUUACAAUCAACGCAGACACUACCUGUGGCAAUGACUGGGUCUGCGAACAUCGCUGGCGACAAAUAAGGAACAUGGUUAUCUUCCGUAAUGUGGUAGACGGUCAGCCUUUCUCAAACUGGUGGGACAACGGGAGCAAUCAAGUAGCUUUCGGUCGCGGCGACAGAGGCUUCAUUGUCUUUAAUAAUGAUGACUGGUAUAUGAAUGUCGAUUUGCAAACUGGUCUGCCUGCUGGAACCUACUGCGAUGUUAUUUCUGGACAAAAGGAAGGCAGUGCGUGUACUGGAAAGCAGGUGUACGUUUCCUCGGAUGGAAAGGCCAAUUUCCAGAUUAGUAACAGCGAUGAAGAUCCAUUUGUUGCAAUUCACGUUGAUGCCAAGUUAUAACUUCUUUUGGAAUAUUUUCCUCUGCUGUUGCUAUUAUGUAUACUGAUUGUGCCAGUUUUAAUUCCCUGAUUUUCAAGAAUGAAUGAUUCUCUGUAUCCAGCUAAUAAUAAACUGCUAUCAAACUGAAA